UCGGUGAUACAUUUGGUCCCGUUUUCUAUUCACUUUGCUAUUUGAUCUAAAGGCAAUCGGACGUUUUUCCUGUAUUUAACAAGUACUUUCAGUAUGUCCAAAGUUUUAACGAUGGUGCUUCGUUGUGUCGUCGCCUUUUUAGCCGUUACUUGUUCACAGGCCCAGAAUCAAUAUCAAAACGAGGAUGGAAAUUUCCAAAACAACCAAGAUUCUAUGCAACCACAAUUCCCAACUUCCAACAACAACCAGCGAGGAGGCCCUGGAGUCAAUUUUCAAAGUGACUUUCGAAAUGCGUUGGUAGAGCAACGUGGGCGUCUCGCAAAAGUUAUUGAAGAUCGCAAUGGGGUUAUCGAGGAGCAUAUAUACCUUAAAGUUGGCAAAAACAAACCACAUUACAUCGAUAUAGAGUCUUUGUUCUCACGAUAUAUCAAUACCGAUAAAAAGGGUCCAUCCGUAAAACACAGCCCCGGUCAAAAUGAAGAAUUUAACAGCAGUUCCAACGCUCUUGAUUUGUUCGAUAUCCUUGAUGAAGAGAACAGUGGCGGCGAAGCUACUACGCCAACACUGCUUUACAUUACAUUAGCCUUGAUUAUUUGUCGCAUGCAUAUAUAGUAGAGUCUACACAAUAUUUGAUCAACAAGUAGCAAAAACUAUUUUUGCCUUAAUACGAAAAUUAAUUCACUCAAAAAUAAAUAAUUAAAAACGUCUGUUAAAGUCACGAGUCGUUUUCAGUAAAAUUUCUAGCAAAGAUGUCUAAUAUGAGAAUUUUCAUUUAAAACCUACGAAUAUUACAUAGAAAUUAUACAACGUCUAUAGAGACGAGAAAUUAGACUCAAAUAAAAUUAAUCUAGAAAUAUAUACAAAAACUGAAAAACUAUCGAAAUUUAUAUCUACUACUUAUUUGUUCAACUACUUAUUGUAAUUAAUACUAAAAGACGAAUAUAGGCACUGAGACAAUGUAACUUUUUACUCUACGUCCCAAAUAAAAAAAAAGAUAAUUA